CCUCCCUUCCCGCCUGAGCCUGAUACGAGUGUGAGUGAGCGGAGGGAAAGGAUGUGGAUGAUGCUCCGAUACUGGGGUUAAAGUUGAGGGGGCGGAUAUUUAUGGUCCAGCAACAUGGCAGAAGCUCAGGUGCCGGUCCUGUUUUGCUUCUCGACCUUUUCCAGAGCUUCCACCGUGCCAGCCGGCUCGGGCCAUGAGGUACUGAUCCAGAAAUUCCUGGCUCUUUACGGCGGUUUGAUCGGCGUCCACCGUAAGUUCGUGAUCCAGCUGCACUCGGCCGAGUGGGGCGAGUAUAUCGACCUGCCCAAGGGGUUUGUCGUCAACGAGAAAUGUAAACUGCGGCUGAUGUCUCUGCAAGUGCCGAUGACUUCACUUGGAAACCUUGUGGCUUCCAGCACUGUGUUUUUCUGCUGUGAUAUGCAGGAAAGGUUCAGGCCUGCAAUCAAGUACUUUGGAGAUAUCAUAAGUGUAGGGCAAAGGCUGCUUCAGGGUGCCCACAUUUUGGGAAUUCCUGUUAUUGUCACUGAACAAUACCCAAAAGGACUUGGGAGUACUGUAGCAGAAAUUGAUGUGACAACAGCCAAGAUGGUUGUACCGAAAACUAAAUUUUCAAUGGUUGUACCAGAGGUGGAAGAUGCUCUUAAUGAAAUGCCAGGAGUUCAAAGUGUUGUGUUGUUUGGAGUUGAGACUCACGUCUGCAUACAACAGACUGCCCUGGAUCUGAUUGGAAGAGGCUUUGAAGUCCAUAUUGUAGCUGAUGCAACCUCUUCAAGAAGCAUGAUGGAUAGAAUGUUUGCUUUGGAGCGCCUAGCCCGUAUUGGGAUUAUAAUUACUACCAGUGAAGCUGUGCUUCUGCAACUAGUUGCUGAUAAGGAUCAUCCUCAUUUCAAAGAAGUUCAAAACCUCAUUAAGGCAAGUGCGCCAGAAUCUGGGCUCCUUUCCAAGGUCUAAAUAAAUAAAGAGAACCAAAAGUGUCCAGUUAUAUCGUCUGGCAAAGGAGUCAUCUGAAAGUACUGGAGACGCAUUAAGUUCUGGCAUCACACAAGAACAUCAGGCAUAAGUGCUUAAAAUUGUUCAGUACCAGUAUGGUCUUUUUGUAGUCACAUUUUGCUGUCUGUCUGUUGUGGUUGCAGGUCUUAAAUACUACAGAUGCUAUGUGUAAUGGAGCAGUAUUUCUGGAAGCGUUAACAGGUGUCUAUUUAAGUAAAAAAUAAUUGUAUUACAACCCCUGGAAUAGAUGCUCAUGGUUUUGAUUUCUUAUGUACUUUGUAAAUGCAACUACAUCUUAUUCUAUGGAAUCACUUUUAUAAAUCAUUGCAAUCAAUGAAA